CCACUGCAUAUUAGAUUUAUUUAAGGGAAACGUGGGACUCACAGUUCACAACACACUGUUCAGCCUUGCAGAAAAGAUCUCCAGCCCUUUAAAAGCACUAAAGAACAAUGAAGACUCUGUUUGUGACUCUGGUUCUGGCCCUGCUGCUAAUGACUGGUUCUGCCCUGAAAUGCAACAACUGUAUUUCAAAGGGAUGUUAUAACACCGUUGAAACAUGCGGCUAUAAGCAAGAUGCCUGUGUGUCUGCCAUAGCCAAAAACUUCCCAUUUACCUAUUUCAGGAGAUGCAUCGCUAUGUCAGACUGCUUUAUUCUACAGGCCAGUAAUCUCUUCAAUGUCCGCUGCUGCCAGACAGAUCGCUGCAAUUAGAUCACGAUCGUGCUGAACCAUCCUCAUGUCUGUGUGAUGAUGUGGAUUAUAUAAUCAAGACUUCUCAUGAUUACUUUGUCUUUUUUUUAAAGAAACAUAUUCAUCAAAAUUAACAGCAAUAAUAAACAAGUUAUUUUCUCUGUACUUGAUCCUGCUACUGAAAUUGUAUUUUAUAACUUUGGUUAAAUUUAUGUACAAAAAAAAAAAAACAAGAAAAAAAAAAAAGCUUUUGGUUUUCUUUUACAAACUUAUAAUAAAUGUGUUUGAGAUGUG